UUGAAAGGGCCUUUUUCAAAUAACAGUGUCAAAGUUGUUUUUUUAACAUGUGGUGGCCAAGUGAGCGGAGAAUUCGGGACCAUUACUAGUCCCAAUUAUCCGUAUGAAUACCCGGCAAACAAGGACUGCUCCUGGAAGAUUAACGUAAGUACUUUCUUCAUGCACACUUUUUAUAAGGGGUCACUUAUGCCUCAACAUCUUUUGCAAAUUCCUGAUGAAAAGGAUGGAUUUUCAGCGAGUUUUGUAGCAGGUAAGUUGUACCCUGACUUUGUACUUUCUUCGUUAUGCCACAGGGAAAAUAAUCUUAAUAAACGAAAAUUGUCGAAGCUGAUAAAUUAG